GCAAUUUGAUUUCAUUUCAUUUUGAUUUGGUGGGAGUCGUCGUCGGUCGGUCGGGCUCAAGUGCUCUCGAUCUGCUUUUAUACGCGCGACUGGCCAACUCUUUCUUCUCCAUCGACCGAGCCUUCCCCUCCCACCCGAGCUAGCGAGCGAGAGAGCCCAAGAACAAGAUCGAGAGAGAGAGAGAAGAGCCCAAGAAAGGAUCGAACCGGACCGAUGAGCGACUGGGGCCCCGUAGUGGUGGCGGUGGUGCUGUUCGUGCUGCUCUCGCCGGGGCUGCUGCUGCAGCUGCCGGGGAAGUGCGGCCGCCUGGUGGAGUUCGGCAACAUGCAGACCAGCGCCGCCUCCAUCUUCGUCCACUCCAUCAUCUUCUUCGCCCUCGCCGCCGUCUUCCUCAUCGCCAUCGGGGUGCACAUCACCACCGACCCAUGAGUACCCCCUUCACCACCAGCUACGGAUACAAUCCAUGCAAACCCUGCUCUGCUGCCCGCCUUCGGUUCCUCAUCCACGUCGAUCACUCGCAGUGAGGACGAGAGCGUGUGCCUGCCUCUCUGCGCACAACAAUUAAGUGUUUAUUUACACAUGUGCUCGUGCUAGUACUAGCAGUGACAGUAGUGUUCAUUGUUAAUGAUCUGAUAACCGUAUAUGCUACUAGUUGAUGUAUCAUGUAUGGAGCAGCUAGCACCCAAUCGAA